AUGCCACAAACCAGAUGCCAGUUCAAUCGGCUGGCGAGGAACCUCACAGCCCGCUGCCCCCUGCAACACACCCUCCGGUCGGCCACCCCCAUUCUCGGCCCCACCGGCGGCCCUUCUCCCGCACAGCCGACGGACGGCAGGACGCAGACGAGGCGUCUUGCGGUGUCGGGAGUCUCUCUCCACGCACAGCCAGGCAAGGAAGCCAUGCAGAAUGCCAGGAAACUGUCCGCGGUCGUCGUCCAGCAAGGCCCGCUUGAUCCCAGUCAGUGCCUGCACAGCUGCAAGGGACAGUUCUUACAGAGCGUGCUCAAGGGUUGGGGAGACCACUCGGGCUGGGUUGAAGGCUGCAAGUAUCUCAACACCAGCUUGCCGGUGCGGAAGUUCUGGUCGCUCUACUGGUGCGACUCGACGUUUUGCGGCGUUGGGAUCAACCAGACCGGCGGUCUCGGACAAGACCCAACCGUCGACUUGAUCAUCAACACUUGCCAGAACAUUGGGUUCCAUUCGAUAAUUGACCCCGGGCCGCCGCCGGCAAACUUCAAAUGCAGCACCGAAGUCAACACACCGGGCAUCUGCUCGGCUACCGUGGGACAAGUUUCGCAAACGACGGCACAGACACAGCGUCCGACUCCCAUCGGCUCUACAUCUACGGUUAUUACGACGACGUCGGCAACGCCGAAGCCAUCCGUGGCAACAUCCGAAUCUCGCGCCGUAGCUCCAGGGGCCACCGGGACUCCAGCAGCAGGCGCAUCGACAACGUCCGGGAGCGGCAUGACUGGACAGGGCAAGGCGGCAACUGCAAUCUGCUCUGCCCUGGCGCUGAUUCUGCUGAUCACAUUCGCUCUCGUCUGGCUCCGCCGGCGCAAGAGACGCGCUCUGCGCUCACGACAUGGCGUCUCGCACAUCCCGCCGGCCAGUUCACCCACCCCCUUGAUCUCCCCCACCAGCUCUGGCAUGGGCACAGGCGCAAUCGUUCCUCCCCUCCGCCUGCGCGACCGCAAAUUCCUGCCCUCCAUCCUCCGCCCCGGCAGCCGCUCCCCGUCCCCACCCCUGACACCCCUGACACCCGCUUACAGCCCGCCGCCCGGCCACGGACCCAGCGGCGCCGUCUUUCCCGCAUCGCCCAUCUGCUCGCCGACGACCAACAAACUUGUGCCGCGCCACGAACGCGCCGUAACACCCCGCGGAGCCUAUCUGCCUUCUAGCCCGCUGGCGCCCCUCUCCCCGCACGCUCUCUCCCCUCAGGGAUCCACCUUCUCCCUGCCGGUCCCCGUGCCUGGCUCCUGGCCCGUUGAUCCCACGACCGUCAACCGUGCAAGCAGCUGCUACACGGCCACCGCCCCGGGAAGUCCAGCGGGGACUUCGACCGCGCACUCGUCCCUGCGGCACGAGAUCCCCAUCGGCGUCGGCGCGGGCGUCGGCCUUGGCACUCCCUUCUUUGCCAGCCCACCACCACCUUCAUCAGCAACACCACCACCAGCAGCCCUAAAAGCAGACAGUGCUCCCACCGGCCUCGCCGGCCCCGCCGUCCGCAUCAGCAGCACCACCACCGCUAGUACCACCAAGAGCAGCAGCAGCCACAGCAGCAAUAACACCGCCUCGCCCCAGGCACCCCCACCCCCUCCCCCCGCCUCCCUCGCCUCCUCCUCCAUGCUGCCCCCGCCGACCUACCACUCCUACCCGUCCUCGUACCAGUACCACACAGGCUACUCGCUGCCGCAGGCAGACCCACCCUACCCCAACCCCAACCCGCAGCAGCAGCACGCACCCCCCACCCGCCCGCCGCGCCCGCACGAGAGCAUGCUGGAGAUUCCGGACCUUGUCACGCCGGCGCCGGCGCCGGCGCCGUCGCCCGUGGUAUCGUCCACUUCCUUGACAGAGACAGUGACGGGGAAGGGGACGGGGACGGGGAAGCCCGGCCGAGCGGGCCCCGGGGUCGGGGUCGGCACGCCGCCGCCGCUGAGUCCGCCGCCGACUAAGGCGCUGCCAAGUCCGCCGCCGCCGCAGCCGCCGACGCCGCGGCGGGGUUCGGGGGGGUCGGCCUCGGCUGGGCUGGGGUCGAAAGGGGUGGUGAGGAAGGGGAAGGGGGAGAGGGGCGCGAGUGUAGGUGAGCGGAGCGCGGAGAGAGAGGUGGGGAGUGAAGGGGGGUUUGGGAAGGAGCCGGCGGUGCUGGAAGGAGCGCGCGAUGCGAGAGGGAGCUGGGGAAGUUGGAGUGGGGCGGGGACGGGCACUGGUGGUGGUGGUGCCGCGGGGGGUGGUCAGUACGAUGUUGUGGAUGCCGGGGUGGGAGGUAAAACUGGGGAACGGGAAACUGGUGAGGGUGGAGAGCAGAUGAGUCCCAGAACGAGCCAGAGCAGCGGCAUCGCCAGCGUGACGGCGCCUGCAGGGGCGGGCGCGUCUGCGGUGUCGGGAAUGUCCAGCGUUGGCGAUGACAGGCAUGAGGGGAGAGUAUAA